AUGGGCAAUCCAGCUAGUCCGGUGUUGGCCAAUAUUGUUAUGAAUUAUGUGUUACAACAGAUAAUUACGGUCCUCCCGUUUAACAUUGCGUUUAUUAAAUUGUACGUAGAUGAUACUAUCGCUGCAGUCCCUGAGACGGAAUUAAACAGAGUCUUGGAGUUGUUUAAUAGCUUUGAAGAGAAUAUCCAGUUCACCAUGGAAGUGGAACAGAAUGGUUGUAUUCCAUUCCUAGAUAUCAUGGUUGAAAGAUCCAACAACCAUUUGAAGACUAAUUGGUACACAAAACCAACUAGUUCAGGAAGAAUUUUGAAUUUCUGUUCCAACCACCCAAUGUCACAGAAAGUGGGAAUGAUUCAUGGUUUACUGGAUAGAAUGUUUAGACUUAGCAGCGAGGAGUAUCAUGAGGACAAUUAUCAAAAAAUUGAGAUGUUGUUAACUAAUAACAGUUAUCCAAGAUCGUUUGUUCGUGCAGCUAUCAUUAAGUUUAAAGAGAAUAAAGCAAAUGGUGGGGUUGGUGGAGUUCGUCCUACGAAUUUCAUCAAGUACUGCCGUUUUCCUUUUGUUCCGGGCUUGUCACACAAAAUUAAUAGUUGUUUUACAGGUACUAAUGUAAAGCUGGCUUAUUAUAACGUGUAUAAAAUAAAAUCAUUAUACACUAAGUUAAAGGAUCCAGUGCAGCAGGAUCAAAGAGCAGGUGUAGUGUACAAGAUCCCGUGCUCUUGUGGACUUUGUUAUGUGGGUCAAACCAAACAGUAUUUAAAAAAUAGGAUUUACCAACAUAAGAAUAGUUGUAGGAAUGUUAAAAUCUUGGAUGAGAACAAAACAGCGCUGGCCGCACAUUACUUCGACUCGGGUCAUGGGUUUGAUUUUGACAAAGCGAAGAUCUUAGAUUUAGAGAAUAACUGGUUAAAAAGAUCGGUUAGUGAAAUGGUUUGGAUUAAACUUAAUGACACGGUAAACAAGCGUACUGACACCCAGAAUCUGAGUGCAAUGUACAACGAGAUUUUAUCGGUUUAUAACGAUUAUCUUGGUGACGCACGUUAG